AUGGCCGACAACCAGCUGGAUCAGCUUGAGAGUCGCAUAACUUCACUAGAACGUCUGGUUUUCGGAACAUCCGAUAAAGACGCUCUUUAUCCGAAGUGCAUUGAUAGCCUACACAAUGUUCAGACAAAGACCAGCACUGCAGUUCAAGGCAAAAAGCGUAUAUCACAGGCCUAUAAUAAAUUGGUGGACAUCCAGCAGUACCUUGAUCCAUCUUAUACAGACGAGAUGACAGUGUCGGACUCGGCCAAGGCUGAUACCCUUAUUGCAGAUGAAGAUUUUAUCCGUCAGCAGACUCUCCGACUGGAAACAAUGGAAACACUUUCGGAUUGUAUAAACAGUGAACACAUGAAAGCUCUGCCAAAGAAUACAAGUAAAUUUCAGGAACUCAGUCGAGCACAACUGAGCCAACAGGACAAGGCAGCAGAAAUUACAGAUGAAGUGAGGAAUAUUCUAUCUGCCUACAACAAUAUUGUAUCCAUGGCAUCCAAGCAGUUUGUACAAUGGGAUGAAAUUUUGACCAAAUUAGAGAUGGCGAAACUUUCUAAGAAGUGACCAAGAAUGUUUAUUGGAAUUAAACAUUGACUUACUUAUGCUGUCAGCAGAACUAGUGCAAUAUGAAGUGACGAAGUGAUCCAUGGUCACCUUCACACAAUUGAUCUUUUGGAAUUGAGAUUCUAUAGAUGUUUAUGUGACAGUGUAAAUUCCACGUACUGGGUAGUUGACAAUCUUGAACCAAGUCCUAGCUUGAAUGGAGCUUAAUUCUGUGACAGGUUGUCAUUCUUUUAGUUUAUUUUCACAGUCUUGAAUGGUGAUGGAAUACAGAUAAAUUAUUUGAACAAAUUCAACAUUAACAAUCUUAUUUCAGAUGUAAAUUCUAUACUUGUCCAGUUUUUGAUUAUGUAGCUAUAGUAACUGCUGGAUACAUUUAUAAAAGCUUCAGGUGUUAAGUGCUGUUCAUAUCACUAGGAUUAAGUUGAUGCUUGUAGAUAAUUUAUUGCUAUUUCUAGCUCUAUAACUUAUAAAUCUGUCUAUUAAUUAGACCAUACUGGGGGAGGGAGCUCACACAUUCGUGUACACAGUGCAUUUCCAUGGUGACCAGCAGACAGAUUCCACAAGAGUGCUGUUGUAGAAGUUGAAUAAAUACAACAUCGCAUUGGGAUGAAGGGCUUUAAUCCAGAGUGUGUAUAUAUAUCAUCAUCACGACAACACAUCGCAUAUGUCAAAACUAAUCAUUACUCUUCAUUAAGGCAGAUCGACGUUGUUUUGGUCACUGUUACCCUCUAUGUAUUGUUAUUAAUUCCUGUUGGGAAAAACCACCUGGCAGAUGAUGCUCUUCAUUGUUAUUACACUAUCUGUCUGUGUUGUCUGAGAUUUGUAUCGACAUAUGUUGAAAUUUCAAUUGAUUGACACAUUCUGUAACAAUGUCAUUGUAACAACCAUAUAUUUCCACAACAAUGAAAUGAUUACUUUUACUGGUAUUUGUGUAAUGAGGGGAACUGCUUCCGUUGUACCUUCUCAAAUCAGAAGCUAUUGAUAAAUAAAUCAAUUUGUCGACCUUAGAA